UUAUUAUUUUUAUGUGGAGGCUGUCCUCCUUCAGAUAACGCAGCAAAUAUGAAGGCUGCUAUACGUUUGACCAAUUUUGCGCAUUUGCCGUGUAUCGCUCACUCUCUUAAUUUAGUGGUGCGUGCAGGACUCCAUGAAAGUGAACUCGAGGCGCUGAUAAAAAAAAUAAAAGCUAUUGUAGAACAUUUUCACAAAAGUCCCAUAGCUAACAAUAAAUUGAUUGCAAUGCAAGACCAGCUGAGACCUAAUCAAAAACCCUUAAAGCUCAAAAUGGACGUAGUAACAAUAUGGAAUAGUACCCUGGAUAUGAUUGAGAGGAUUUAUUCACUUCAAGAAACUAUAGAAGCGUCUCUUGGGAUCCUGCACAAUCCAGUAGAAAAUCUUACCUAAGGCGAAUGGCAGACACUGCCAGAAAUAAUAAAAAUCCUGAAGCCAUUCAAACAACUCACUGAAGAAAUGUCUUCUGAAAAAAGUGUGACUAAACAAUGUCUUCUGAAAAAGUGUGUUUCAAUUCAAUAGCCGGGUCCACACCGGACGAUCCAUCGCGCUCCGAUCGCGCGCGGCAGCAGCGCGAUCCAAAGAUGCAGGCAGGCAUUUUAUUAUAAGUAAUAAUUUCAUCAUAAUAUUUAAUAUACAGGGUGGGCCAAGAAUUCGUUAACAUUUAAAUGUAACUUACCGCGCAAACUAAUGCCGCGCGGGGCGCGGGCGCGGGCAAUAGCUCGCUUCUUGGAAAUUUAGUCGCAAUGGAUCGCUUCACGGGGCUGCAACGCGUUUACUGCGUGAAACAGUUUUAUUUAAACAACUUUUCGCUCAUUACUGUGAGACGCUUAUUUCGCGUUGAAUAUCGUUUACACGACUUAAGUCAGUGUCCAAGUGCUCCUUUAAUAAAGAAAUGGGUGAAGAAGUUCGAAGAGACGGGAUCUACAAUGUGAAACAAACCGGCGGCCCGCGGACUUCUCGGAGCGAAGAGAACGUGCAGCAAGUUUCCGCUUCUGUUUGACGUGAUCCAGGUUUAUCGACACGCAAACGGCUGGAUUAGGAUUAUCCCGCACAUCAUUACGCCGUAUUUUGAAAUUAGAUUUGAAAUUACAUCCAUAUAAGAUCCAGCUAGUGCAAGAACUAAACCCUAAUAAUUUAAAUUUGCGUAAGUCAUAUGCCGAAACAAUGUUAACUCGAUUCAGUAAUUUUGACAACAUCUUAUUCUCUGACGUAGCCCAUUUCCAUCUAAAUGGACAUGUAAACAAACAGAAUUGCAGGUAUUGGAGCUCGCUGCUCGCUGCAAUACAAUGAGAACAUGGGAGGUGUAGACAGGUCUGAUCAGAAUAUUGGUCUGUACAGAACAUCAAUAAGAGGAAAGAAAUGGUACUUCUCAUUGAUUUGUCACGGUAUAGACAUGGCUUUACAUAAUUCGUGGCAAAUUUAUAAAAACAAUAAAGGCGCAUACGAUUUUCUUCAUUUCCGCAGAAGCGUUGCGGUAAGUCUUCUUGAAACUUUGAACGUAGAGCAACCCGAGUCUCUCAGAAUUACCGUGAAACCUCACGUUUUGAUGGUAAAGACCAUAUAAUUAGAUAUAGAGAGAACCAACUUCGCUGUUUUAUAUGUCAUAAGAAAGCUAAAUUCUAUUGCCCCAAAUGUGAUGUAACAUUGCAUCCCAAAUUUUGCUUUGAAAACUUUCAUAUUCCUAAAUAAAAGCUUGUAAAACUCUAAUUUUUGUAUUUCUUUUACCAUGACUGUUAUAGUAGCACAUUUUGCUAACGUUCUUUUAAAAGGACACCAUUUUCCCGGUUUUCCAAACAUGUUAUAUUUUUUUCAUAAUUUUUUCCAAGUAAUAUAUUACAUUAUAAUAAUAAUAAAUGAAAUUCAAUGAGAUCCGAGGUAUAUUGAUGUUUCAGGAACAAGUGGGUUAAGACUGAAAAGUAGGGCAUGCCAAACAUUUUGUGAGCCUCUGGAACCUGAUACAGCAGGGGUACAGCUAAAAGAUCAAAUAUAUAUUACCAAAUCCUAAAAUUACUGGCAGCAGCCGAAGGCAAGCGUCUUAUUCGUUUCACGUUUAUUUUGAUUUGACAUAUUUGAAUCUACGUUAAUUGUUAAAGUUUUUAUUUGUAACAUAUUUAGCUUUUCUCAUUAGUCAUCAAUAUUCAAAUCUUAUUAGAUAUAUUAACAACCUUCUUACCUACUAUAUGUAGUACUCGAUUAAAUAUUAUGAGACAGAAAAACUAAUGCUGUGACAACGUAGGUUACGUAGGUUACGUUAAAACUUUAGAUAUUUGUUUAGUUUUUGUGUUUACACAAGGUUCGUUUAAGAUACGAAUAAUUUGAUAAUUAUUUUAAUCGUUUACCAAAACCUACUAAGAAUUUAUUCAUUUUAAAAUAACAUUGUUGAGACUGAGAUUAUUCAAUGUUGAAUAACUUGUGAAACUUGCGAUAAAGGUUUAGAUAUUUAUUUAUUUAUUCCUUGUUAUUUACUUAUUAAGUUUAUGAUUAAAAUAAGAGUAAUUGAUAAUUAUAUUAAUAAAUCACCAAAAACUAAAAAAAAAAUUUGAUUAUUUUUGAAUUGAGAAUAUUUAGUGAUUUUAGUCUCUACAUAUUUGAAAAAGUAAUUACUCUUACAAUGACAAUGUUGAGACUGAACUGUGCCAUUAUAAAGUUACCCAAUAAUUAAUGUUAAGUCAACUGUUAAGUGUGCUAAACAAUAAAAGACUCUUUGUUCACGCAUCAACCGCGUGACCAUGUAGGAGAACGACGGCGGCGGCUGAGGUGCGGGCGCGGUGUAAGCCAGCCGGCGCGCGGCGAGUGGAGGCGGCGAACUUCACUUCGCAAUCGGUCGACACGAACGACUCGCGUCCACGAAAAUAAUGUUUUUUUUGCCUACUACUUAUUGUACUUAACUUGUUUGAAGAUUACACAGUAAUUAACUGAAAAUACAGUCCACUCAUUACUUACAAAACAACCUGAGCUCCCGAACACUCUUAUUAACUAACGAAAUAUUAAAUAGCAUUCCUAGUUUGAAUAAUGCGGUUAAAAAUCUUAGCCUUGCGUUGAGCAUAUUUCUUGUUAAGCUUAGGACAGGAGACAGCAAUCAAAGACUGGCAACUCUUUUUCAAUUGCCACAAUCUACAUUAGAAAAUAAAUUAAGAUUGUUAAAGAAUGUUUAAAAGAACAUUUUGUACCAAUGCAUUUAGGUCUUACUCAUACUAAUGUACAAAAUGUGGCCUCACGUAACAGGACUAUUCCUGAAGGUCUGAAGUAGUAUAUGUACUUAGUAAUAAGCAACAUUGUAACCUUAAGUUAGUCUAUAAUAAACGCUUGUCUAAGGGUCGGUUCAUAUCUGACGGAACAUGCGUCGCGUAUUAUCGGUCGCGUAACGCCAGAACAGACAAAUGUAUAGAAAAACACUCGACCGUUCACACUCAACCGAUGAUACGUCGUGCGUCGAGCGUACAGCGUCUAUUCCGUUUCCGUCAACGCAUUAUCGGUCGACGUAAGAGCGGCAACGUCGCGCGCGCCACGCGCUACGUGUAUUUUGAUUGAUGCAUUCAGACUAGGCGUAACAUCAGCAGAGAUCGUUUGUGUACAGGCCGUUCCAAGUUUUUUUGAAAAUGUUUGAUACAGAACGAUUUAUCACGGAAGUGCAAAAUAGAAUAUGUCUAUGGAACAUAAAAGAAAAAUCUUAUAGCGACCGACAAGCUAAGAGACGGGCUUGGGAGGAAAUUGGAGAAAUAUUAAUAGUUGAGUGGGAGACAUAUGAUACAAAAAAGAAAAAUGAAUCACGUAAGUUAAUGUUUACUAGUGUUCGCCUAGUGGUCGAAAUUCGACCAUAUACGAUUGUUAGAGAGAAAAAAAAAGAGAACAAUGUUCGCAGUGGAAGUUCUGCUGCUGCAAAGAAGAGGAAAACGCCAUACGUAGAAAUGCUUCGUUUCUUAGAUGUGUUAAGAGAAAUGCGCCCUACAACUAGUAAUAUAGAAGCUGAAUUUUAUGAAACAAGUGGUGAAGAGAACCAACUACAAGAGACUGGAAGCGAAUCGUCAAAUUUCAGUUCCAAGCGUGCCAGUCGCAAAGACCAGAGUAUGACAAUGUUUCAGAGGUCAUUAAUUAACAGUAUGGAGAAAUCUUCACAAGAUGAUAGUGAUUCAGAUAAACAGUUUUUGCUGUCGUUACUUCCACAGAUGAAAAAAAUGUCUGAAGCACAAAAUUUUGACUUCCGUUUAGAUAUUAUGAAUUUGGUAAAAAAAUAUAGAUUUGCUACAACAAGUACAGUGCAACAAUGUAACAUCCAGUCCGAUCAAGGUAAUUACGAACAAGGUCGUCUGUCAUUGCCGCAGACUUCUCAGUUUGAACACACCGGUUACUAUACAACUGACUACUAUACGGACUCACCACAAUCAGCGACCUCGCAGGUUUCAAUUGAAGAAGAUAUUGAAGCAUUAAUGCAGAGUUAAUCCGUUACGUUUAUUUAAAAAUUGGUUGAUUUUGGAUUUUUGUAUCAUUUUAAUAUACAUGUCAAUAAUAUUAAAAUACUAAUGUCAAGAACAAAAGCAGUUAUUAUUAUACAACUUACCUGUAUCUACAUAUAAUAUCUUACCUCAAUGUAAUAGUCAGUCUUUCUUCAGGAGUAAUGGCACAUCGAAAUUUCGUAUCAUAUUUAGUUAUAAAACAUUUCACAAUCGUAAGGAGUUCAUCAAAAGAUUCUAUGGACAUGCGGUAAUACUGAAUAAAUUUUGUAGGAUAGUUUCUUAACGUUGCAUAUAGACAAUUAAAUUGGCCACUUGAUAUUCUUUUAGUAUUUAAAGGAUGCACCCAAUAUCGACGUUUCCUUUUUCGGUCUUGUUCUAAAGCCUCCCAAAUAGCAAUUAUUUCGAUAGGCUUCAUUUUAAAAUUCAAUAUCACACAACACAACCACUCUGUAGAUGCUUAACGUAGAAACUGACUAGACGCUCGACGCAUUUUCCGUUUGAUAUGAACCGACCCAUUCGACCGAAUAGACGCGACCGAUGAUACGCUCGACGCAUCAUCCGUCAGAUAUGAACCGACCCUUAUUGACGGUCCGUUAUCCGGUGAAAAAAACGGACGUCUACAAGCGCUCUUAAGUUUCUUACUGCGUAACAAAAGCUCUUUUAGGCAUUUUCAUGCUGAUGUCGUUACAUCCGCUACAGGAAGAGACGCAAUAUUGGUCUACCAACCAGAUGUAACAUGUUCAGUUUAUAGUGGAUGUCAUGCCACUGAAAAGAUACAAAAAAAUUAUGGAGUGUCUUCACUUCAAUGAAAAUACCAAAGCGCCAAGCCGAGAAGAACCGCUCCGUUCCCGCCACAUUACAUACGAAACCUGUAAGUGUUCUAACAAUUAGAUUUGACCCAAAAAUCAUUGUCGAUGUACAACGAACACAAAAAGACGGCAAUAAGGUCCUCAUAAAAUGCCCUCUUGCUAUUGCGCAGUACACCAAGAGAAUGGGCGGGGUUGAUCAAUUUGAUCAGUUUCGUUCUCAUUAUAAAUUAGGACGUCGUUCCAAUCCAAUAAAUGGUGGAUGCGUUUAUUCUACUUUCUAGUAGAAUCUGUUUCAAUUAAUGCAUGUAGAGUCAUGUGGAGUAACCGUACGCAGCGUGUAACUAUAAUUUUUUUGAUACCCGCUAAGAAAGAUGAAAAUGAUUAUAAAUAUGAAAAUAUAAAGAUGAAAAUGAUAAAAAUGAUUCUGGAUACCCGCUAAGAAAGACUAUGAUGACAUCUAUAUUGGAUGCUGCAACUGACACACCUGAAGCAUAUUACACCGAUUUACAUGUUCAUGCAAGAAAUAUAGUGGAACGUACGAUUGGGCUUCUCAAGGCACGUUUUCGUUACUUACUUGUUCACAGAGUACUGCACUAUGCACCAGAUGUAGCAGGGCGUAUAGUAAAUGCUUGGGUUAUAUUACACAACAUAUGCAAUAGUGCUAAUAGACCUGUGCCACAACUAAGCAAUGAAGAUAUGAUUCAAGAGAACCAAUCACAACAGCAGGACCACGAUGGAAGAGAACAGCCACGCGGUAAUAAUCUUGCUUUGCAGCUGGGCCAUAUUACGCGAAGUUCUCUCGUCCAGCGGCUCUGGGAAACGCGUCACCUAAGAUCCUAAAAAAAUAUAUAUGGUUAUAUAUCCAUCAAGGCGUUUAGGCUGCAGAGCGUGCCAAAUAUUUGUAUAUUUUUGACAAUUAAAUAAUUAACUAUUUUUGUAGAUUCAAACAAAAACACCUACAUUAAAUAUUUAUUUCACAAAAACAUUCAUCUAAAUCGUGUUUUAAUUAACCCAUAUAUAGGGUAUAGGGUCGAUAACGACCAAAAUUAUGACGCAACUUUAAAAUGCAUAGUAACCGCGAACUGUUCAUUGAAUUUUAAUUAUAACGCCAUCUAUGAAUUCUUUAACGUACAAUUAUGAUGCAUGGUACAGUUUUAUUGAAAGUUGACAACUUUUUCUUAUGACAAUUAGGCGUGCAAGUUUAUACAUGUUCAUUUCUGGAAAAAUUUCGCGACUGAUCGGAUGAAAAUGUAAGUAUUUUGUGUAAUUUAUAUUGUUUUACCAUAAUAAUUGUUUUUAUUGGAAAUCUAAUGAGUAUUUUAUAGAUAUAGUUAUUGUUUUUACGUGAACGAUUUAUUUGACUAUCUACAAUCAGUUGAUAUCUUUUCUUGGGUCGGUAACGACCCCGUGGGCACAUAUCGUGUUUUAUAUUGUAUUGUUUUGAUUUCAGGUCUCGUCACGUACUCUCGACACAUGAAAUAGCCGAUGCCCUGGAGGAUUUCGAUGACGAUGAAGAUCUUCAGGGCCUUGAUAUUUAUAUCGAUCCGCCUUGUGAUGGUACCAUGUCGGAUGGCGAUUCAGGUGAAGAAGAUUGUGAUAGCAUAAAUCGAUUGAACCGUCAUCAAUUACUUGCUCCGGCGGAGAUGGUGUUACGACAACGUGAAGAACAUGAUGAAGAAAACAGAACUAUCGAUGAGGUAUUAGUCAGUCCUAGUACUAGUUCUCAAUACCUAGAAACCCUUACACCGGCAGCAGGACCCAGCUCAAACAGGUCACGACGUUCUCGUCAUGUUGAAACCCGGGCUGAUGGAACUUCUUCAGAACGUAGUCAGCAACGGCAGCGCAUCGUCAGGCCCCGCAAAUGGGUAAAGCGAGACCUUCGUUACCAACAAUGUGAGUGGUCACCUCCACUGCCACGAGCUGUUCUCACACUUACCAAAGAAAGUGAACCAAUAGAAUUCUUUUUUAGUGAAGAUGUUAUAAGGUAUAUAGUCAGACACACCGUAAUGUACGCUGUUGAAAAGCACAAUUAUAAUUUUUGUUUAUCAGGGUAUGAGUUGAGCUGUUUCAUAGGUAUAUUGCUCCUUAGCGGUUACGCGCCUUUACCGAGACGACGUAUGUAUUGGGAAACCAACGAGGAUACCCACAAUGUUUUAGUUGUGAAAUCGAUGCGGCGAAAUCGAUUUGAAGAAAUAUUUAGGUAUUUUCACGUUGCAGACAAUGGUAACCUACGUGCAGGUGAUAAAAUGGCCAAAAUUCGGCCAUUGUUCAACAUCAUGAACAAAAAGUUUCUAAUGUAUGCUCCCAUCGAAAAAAACUUGAGUAUCGAUGAAUCAAUGAUACCAUACUACGGGCGUCAUGGCUGUAAGCAGCACAUUCACGGCAAACCAAUCCGUUUCGGCUUCAAAGCAUGGGUAGCUGCGACUCGCUUAGGAUACUGCUUACAAGCUGAUUUAUACGAAGGAAGAUCUGAAGCGCGAGAAACAGGCCUAGGCGAACAUGUUGUUACCAAAUUGAUGAAUACGGUGAAGACCGAAUACCCUGAAACACUAUUUUCUGUGUAUUGUGACAACUUUUUUACCGCUCCUAGUUUACUUAGCUCUUUGCAAGAAAACAAUGUGAAAAUAACUGGAACUGCUCGCCAAAAUAGGAUAGACAAGUGUCCACUGAUAGAUGCUAAGUCUUGCAAAAAGCAGCCUAGAGGAUUUUAUGAUUAUAGGUUGGACACAAAUGACAACAUCUGUGCUGUACGAUGGAAUGACAACAGCGUGGUGACAUUGUUGUCUAAUGAAUUUGGAGUGCACCCUGUUCAAAAAGCACGUCGAUAUUCAGUUGCUGCUAAACAGAAAAUUGAUAUGGGUUUAAAGAGUUUUUAUUUCUCAUAAGAACAUAUACAAUGUGAUAGGGGCGAGACUUCUAACCCGUUAAGGCUGAGUUCUACACCUAAUUUAAUCGACAAAAGUCGGGGGUCGAAGUGGUCGAAUCCUCUCCCCCUAAAAGUUAUGGCUAUUUUAAUAUUUUUUUUACUUUUUUUAAUAUCAAAGGUUGUAUGCGUCGUAGAAACAAAAAAAAACGACAAACGGUACCUAAUAACCUUGGCUAACUAAUUCAUUACUUUUUUCAUAUGUAAGAUAAUGUUUUGGUGAGAAAAAAAUCAUUUGUGAAUUAUUUUUACCGAAAAAAUCACUAUUUUUCAAUAUUUUCAAUUAGGGGUUCAACCCCCAUAUUAUUAUUUUUGUCGAUAAAAUUAGAUGUAGUACUCAGCCUUAACGGGUUAGAAGUCCCACGCCUAUCACAUUGUAUACAUUGUUCACUUAAAAUGAGAUACAUAGUGUUCCUUAUUUUCUAUAACAAAAUAAUAUGACAAUAUCCUCUAGUGCGGUAAGAAGUUACAUUCGUUUUGUUUUAAUGAGAUUGAGAUUUACAAUGUUUGAACAUGUUCUUUAAGUUUAAUUUUGAAUGCUUUAAUGUUAUCGCAGUUUUUUAUGUCGUCCGGUAAUCUAUUGAACAGCUGUGCUCCCUCAAACAAAAGCGUUUUUUUUCCAUAAUUUGUUCGUGCCGUCUUUAGUUCUAGUUUGUAUUUGUUUCUUAAGUUGUGUGUGAUUUUUUUCUAUGUAACUGUAUGUUUGAUUGAAUGGCAUGACUGGUGAUGUUUUUUAUGAGAACACAUGUGCUAUAUGUGUAUAGUUGUGUUAGAUUGAGUAAUUUAGAUUUCUCAUACAGUGUUUUUGUUGGUGUAGAAUAUUUAUAAUGGAAUAGGGUUUUAAUGAGCUUGUUUUGGGUUCUUUGUAGUGGGUUUAGGUUAGUCUUAGCAGCUGAUCCCCAGAUCUCAAUUAGGUAUUCCAGAUGUGAUUUGACUAAUGAGUUGUAUAUGAUAUAGCGUAUCUUUUUCGGAAUACAACCUGCAGCUUUGUGUAUAGCACCCAGUACUGAUGCCACUUUUGUUUUGACAUGAUCGAUGUGAUUUUUCCAGGUGAGUUUAUCAUCUACCCACAGACCAAGAUAUUUUUCGUAGUUAGAGCGUUUUAUUACGUCAUUGUUGAUUGUGAGAGGUAAGUGUUCGGGUAUCGGUUUAUUUUUUGCGGCAAAUAUCAUAAAUGAAGUUUUUGUUGUGUUUAUUGUCAAUAGGUUAUAUUUUAGCCAUUCGCUGAGUAAGUCCAGGUCUUUCUGUGCUUUACUUAUAAUGUUGUGAAUGGACUUAUCGAAGUAGAAAAUACAUGUGUCAUCCGCAUACAAUGUUAGGUGUCCUGACAGUCCUAUUUGGUUAAUAUUGUUAAUAUAUAUUAAAAAUAAUAGCGGACUUAAAAUUGAUCCUUGAGGACAGCCGAAUGGCACGUGUUUAACUGAACUUGUGUAAUUACCUAUUUUCACGGCUUGUUUUCUAUUUUCUAAAUAAGAUGAGAGCAUUUUGAGGGCCCUGUCUAUGACACCUAUGUUAUUUAAUUUCUGUAACAGCUUGUGAUGGCUUAUAUUGAUCAGCCAAAUGUUGUUCAGCAAUACAACCGAUUUAUGGGUGGAGUAGACAGACUUGAUGCUAAUGUGGGCGUUUACCGGAUUGCCAUCAGAGGAAAAAAAUGGUAUAUGCCCAUUUUGAUGUGGUUGAUAGACGUCGCUGUCAAUAAUGCUGCUUUACUCGCUAGAUCAUACGGGGCAAACGUAGAUACUUUAGAAUUUCGUCGGUCUAUUGCAAGAACAUUACUCCUGAAAUAUGGGAAUAUAAGAUCUCAACCUGGGCCACGUCCGCAAGUGAGAACAAAUGUACCGGUUUCUGUUAGAAAACAUUCAGCUGAUCAUAUUAUUCUGACUGACCAGGUCAGAAAACGAUGUGCGUUAUGUAAAAAUAAAACAAUCAAAAUGUGUCGCAAAUGUAACGUCAAUUUGCAUGAUAAGUGUUUUGCAGAAUUUCAUUCCUAAUGUCCCCACCAUUUCUUUUUAUUAGUUAGUCAUGUGUUUUUAUAACUGUGUGUUUUAUUAUUUGUUCCUAAUAAAGACUGAUUAACAUUAUUAUAACGCAUUUUUAUUUGGUUGGUACUGAUUUCAUACUAUUGAACGAGUAUAUGUGCCCAUAGGGUCGUUUAUGACCCGCUGAAAAAAAUGAACUUCUCGAACUGAAAACGAAAAUCUACUAGUACUAGCCUUAUAUGUGAUCAUUCAUACAUAACAUACAUAAAUAUUAUAAAAAUCGGUGUUAAAAAAAGUUCUGAGCAUAUAUGGGUUAAA